AUGAGCACCCCGGAAAAGAACCUCCGCCCCCUCUCCCGCUACAUAACAACCCACAACGCGACCACCGGCCUCGCGAUCUUCUCCACCACGCUCCCGGAGUCCAUGCCCGUCGCUCCCAUCCCCAACACCGCACACUUCAGCCUCGCCUACACAACCUCACACUACCCGUCCCAAAUCCCAUCCUCCGAAUCCGACGUCACCGAAUACUCAUCCUACCUCUCCCAGCCCCCGGGGCUCGUCAUCUCCUCCGGCUCCGUCUGCCGCAUCGUCGAUAUGCCGCCGCAGGCGCUGAGCCCGAUGCAUCGCACCCAGAGCCUGGAUUAUGGGGUUGUGUUGGAGGGGGAGGUCGAGUUGGUUCUGGAUUCCGGGGAGACGAGAGUGCUCAAGAGGGGGGAUGUGGCCGUGCAGAGGGGUACGAAUCAUGCGUGGAGGAAUUUGAGCAAGGAGGGUUGGGCCAGGAUGUUGUAUGUUUUGUUGCCGGCUGAGGAGGUGCUGCUUGAGGGGGGGAGGAGGUUGGGGGAGGAACUGGGUGGGAUGGAGGGGGUUAGGGGGAGUACUUGA